GCUGGAGCGUGCUCAGUCUGCAGCAGCAGGGGAUUGUGGGAAAGCUGUGAGGGUCUUUGCAGAAACAUGCAGUCUGUCAUCUCAAGAAAUGGAACGGAGACUCCAGAGCAGGUGAAGGCACAAGUGACAGGUUCAGUCCCAACUUGGCUGCAAGGCACUCUGCUGAGGAAUGGACCAGGCCGUUUCUCUGUGGGCGACUCAGAGUACAAGCACUGGUUUGACGGCUUGUCGCUUAUCCACAGUUUCACCUUCAGCAACGGUGAGGUGACUUACAGAAGCAAGUUUCUGAAGAGCAAAACCUACAAGAAAAACAUCAAGGCCGACCGGAUCAUCGUAUCCGAGUUUGGGACUAUGAUCUACCCUGAUCCAUGCAAAAAUAUCUUCUCCAGGGCAUUCACUCACCUCUGCAACGCCAUCCCUGACUUCACUGACAACAACUUGAUCAACAUAAUUCGUUAUGGUCAGGACUACUACGCCUCCUCAGAGAUCAACUACAUUAACCAGGUCGACCCGAACACGCUGGAAACUGUUGGCAGGAUCAACUACAGGAACCACAUCGCUCUAAACUUAGCAACGGCUCACCCUCACUACGACAACGAGGGCAACACCUACAACAUGGGAACAGCCAUUAUUGGCCUUGGCCGGCCGAAAUACAUCAUCUUCAAAGUCCCAGCCGAUGCCUCGGAUGGUGAAAAGCCGGCGCUCAGGAAAGUGCAGCAGGUCUGUUCGAUUCCUUUCCGCUCCUCUUUGUUCCCGAGCUACUUCCACAGCUUCGGCAUGACCGAGAACUACAUCGUGUUCGUGGAGCAGUCCUUCAAACUGGAUGUCGUCAAACUGGCAACCGCAUAUUUUAGAGGGGUCAGCUGGGGCAGCUGCUUAAAGUUUGACAAGGAUGAUAAUACAUUUUUUCAUCUCAUCAACAAAAAGACAGGAAAGGAAAUUUCCACCCGUUUCUAUAGCGACGCUCUGGUGGUUUUCCACCACAUCAAUGCCUAUGAGGAUGACGGCCACGUGGUGUUUGACAUGAUCACCUAUGAGGACAGCAAACUGUACGAAAUGUUCUACCUCCAGAAUAUUAAGCAGGAAACCAACAGCUUCAUCCAGAACCACAAGGAAUUCUCUCUGCCAGUUUGCCAGAGAUUGGUUCUGCCGCUCAAUGCCCACAACGAAUCUCCCAGAGGAAUGAACCUUGUGACUCUGACGGACACGACAGCGAAGGCAGUGAUGCAGGAGGACGGAUCGGUCUACUGCCAGCCCGACCAUCUCUUCAAAGGGAUGGAGCUGCCUGGGAUCAACUACAACUUCAACACGAGGAAGUACAGAUACUUCUACGGCUCCAGGCUGGAGUGGUCUCCUCAUCCCAACAAGAUUGCCAAGGUAGACAUCGUCACCAGAACCCACAUCCAGUGGCAUCAGGAGAACUGCUACCCCUCAGAGCCGGUGUUUGUCGCCUCUCCAGGGGCAGUGGAGGAGGAUGAUGGAGUCAUCUUGUCAUCUAUCGUUUCUCCGGAUCCUGAGAUUUCUCCGUUCAUGCUCAUCCUCAACGCCAAAACUUUUGAGGAGAUUGCCCGAGCCUCCAUCCCCGUCCCCGUCCACAUUGACCUUCACGGACUCUUCAUUCCUGCUGCCGUUUAACCACAGAAACACCAGCUGGAUUAGUUAUUUAUACUCGUUUUAAACGCUUUUUAUUUUAAAUUUUUUGAAGAUGUUCUUUUAAAGAUGCCGAAGAUGAUGACCGAAAAAUUAACUUCACUUGA